AUGGACGACGAUCUUAAUCAGGUGUCAUUACUUUCCAAGGUGGAGAAUGUCCGCUUCCUGUACCGGUAUCCGGCCACGUCGAACACGGCCACCAUUGGCACCCUCUACCUCACCGCAACCCACCUCAUCUUUGUCGAUCCUGAACUGAAACGUGAGACCUGGAUUCUGCACUCUUUGAUAGCCUCUGUGGAAAAGUUGCCCAUCACCACCAUCGGCUCACCGCUGUUGAUGCGGUGCAAGCACUUUCUCUGUAUCACAUUUGUUAUUCCUCGCGAGAAGGAGGCCCAUGACAUUUACCAGUCACUGAUUCAACUUUCACAGCCAAGUCGCAUAGAGAGUCUGUAUUGCUUUCAGUAUACUGCAUCAAAUGAAUUUUUUUCUCGAGAAGAUGGCUGGAAAAAGUUUUCCCUCGAAGCGGAGUUCAAGCGAAUGGGCUGUCCGAACAAUGCCUGGUCUCUUAUUACGCUUAACCAAAACUACAAGCUUUGCGAUACAUAUCCUCUCACUCUAUACGUUCCCACCAUGGCCAGCGUGUACACCAUUCAAGGAAGUGCCAACUUUCGCUCCAAGUCAAGGCUACCUGUCUUGACGUACUUGCACUCCAAUAAGGCGUCAAUCAGUCGCUGUGCACAACCUCUCGCCGGCUUUAAUGCACGGUGUGUCGAAGAUGAGCGUCUGCUUGACUGCAUUCGGCAAACUAAUCCCAACUCUAACUUGCUCUAUGUCGUUGAUACUCGUCCUAAGCUAAAUGCCAUAGUAAACAAGGCACAGGGGAAAGGCUACGAAAAUGAAAUUUACUAUGAAAACAUCAAGUUUCACUUUUUCGGCAUCGAAAACAUUCACGUGAUGAGAGGAAGUCUGCAGAAGUUAAUCGACGCCUGUGAGCUGCGUAUUCCAUCAAUGAAUUCAUUUCUCAGCGGCAUCGAAGGCAGUGGUUGGCUGCGUCACGUCAAGGCAAUUAUGGAAACGGCAUUCUUCGUGGCGAAUGCCAUUCACAUGGGCAUCAGUGUGGUGAUUCACUGCUCGGACGGCUGGGACCGCACUUCUCAGACUUGCUCCAUUGCGUCGCUCAUUCUUGACCCGUACUACCGCACCAUUGACGGCUUUCAGGCGAUGAUCGAAAAGGACUGGCUCUGCUUUGGCCACAAGUUCAGCGACCGUUGCGGACAUAUCAGCGGGGAGAACAAGGAGAUGGCCCCGGUGUUCACGCAGUUUCUCGACGUCAUCUGGCAGAUUAUGCAGCAGCAUCCCUGUGCAUUCGAGUUUAAUGAGCUCUUUCUCAUCACCAUUAACGAUUCAGUGCAUAAUGUGCAGUUUGGCACUUUUGUGGGCAAUUGCGAGGAGGAGCGGGACAAGCUGAGGUUGAAAGAGCGAACUUACUCGCUUUGGGCCUAUUUGGAUGCUCACCGAACCGAGUACACGAAUCCGCUGUACGAGGAACAUGAGGGCUUUCUUCCCAUCAGCGUUGCUCCUCAGUUUAUCAAGUUUUGGCGUGGCCUCUAUAACCGCUUCGAAGUCGGUGUUCAUCCUCGAGAUAUGUUUGCCGACGUGCUUACCGCAAAGAUGAAACACGUCGAGCAACUCAAAGAUCACAUUUUGUUUCUUGAAGAGUAUUUAAAAAAGAUGCAGUAUAAUAAAGAUAAUGCACAGAAAAACGGCGAGCCGGGCAUUGAGGUGGAGGAGGACACCUUGGAGCGACCUAGUGAGCUGAAGAAAAAGGCCCUGGGUUCAAUUGAUUUGGACGAUGUGGAGCGACCGUUGCGCGUCGUCGAAGAGUGUAUGCAUCGGCUGGAACUGCAGCACCAACUGAAAGAACAGGCCAGACAGGUGGCACGGUCCAGUGACAGCUCAGACUCUGACCUGGAAGUGGACACCUCAGAGGACACUUCAGAGUCAAACAAGAGCGAGGAGUAUGUGCUCACCGAAGCUACGCACGAUAACCCUCUUAUGGGGCGGGUUUCGCCAUCUCGGCCAAACUCUCUAAACGUUGCUAGUCUGAGCUCGUCAGCGUCAAAUAAAUUUCGAGCCACCGUCGAAAGCGAGCCAACGAUCGAAGCAGUGGGCGCUGAGACACCUCCGGCGAUUCAGGUGGCCCAGGACUGUGAUCUGAUUGCCCUCAGCUGGCAGUCCUUUCAGAAUCUGAAAGGCUGCAGCUGUUCCACCCCGCUGGAGCCGUACUCCACCAAGCUGCACUGCUACGCCUGUGGCAGAAUCUUCUGCAUUCGCUGCAUUGACAAGCGGUGCAGCAUUCCGGUGCUCUCCAGCAAGUCACUGCGUCCCGUCUGUCGCCGCUGCUUCGCCGAUAUCACGCGCUCCAACUCCAUUGACGUUUGA